CCUUGGUGCGCAAGGCUGGUAACUGCCACGGCCCCUGCCUAUAAAUUGACCCGCCCCCGCGCCGUCACUCCUGCCACUUCCACAGCACACCAUAGGGUUCGAUCGUCGCCGGGACAGACAGAAGCGCCGAGCGCCGCUCAAUUCUGUCCCACCAUUCCUAAUCCAACGAUCUCUGUUGGUUUCGCCAUUUGGACCGAUGGCCGCCAUGAAGGUUGUGCUGAAGCUGGACGUGCACGACGAUAGGCAGAAGCAGAAGGCCAUCAAGGUGGUCUCCGCGCUCCACGGGAUCGACCACAUCGCCGUGGACAUGAAGGACGAGAAGAUGACGGUCGUCGGCACCGUCGACCCCAUCGCCGUCGUGGCCAGGCUGCGCAGCAAGCCCUUCCCCACGGCGCAGAUCUUCUCCGUCGGCCCGGCCAAGGAGGAGAAGAAGGACGUCGACAAGAACGACGCGGGCAAGCCGGUGGAGUACCCGACGUACUGGUAUCCGCCGCCGCCGUACCACCCGCACCUGUACCACCUCGCUCACAGCGCCGAGGAGGACCCCAACUCGUGCAUUAUCUGUUGAUCGACGCGCACCGUCGAUUCUCUCCCUUCUACAUUUUUGUAUCUGGCCGUCCUGCCUGGCCUGCCGAUCGAUCAGCGUACCCGCACCGGUGAUCAACGGCGUGCGUUAUGUAUAUGGGCAUAUGGCCUUGUAAGGUGUGUAAGUUGCGCCGGUGAUCCGGCAGCUGUACAGCACAGCUGCAUCUGCCUAUGCCUCUGCUUAUAGUUUGUAGUGUGCAGAUACAGAAUUACAGUAUAUGUUGGUCAGAAAGGAAAAUCAUCAAGUUGUUAAAAUGAAAAGUGUUGUGAAGGAUCAGAUAGAAUUGUUAAAAAGAAAAGUGUGGAGAAGGAUCAG